GGCGUGGACUCGGGCCGCUGCCGCCAUCCCGCAGCCGGAGGCUGAGGAGGCCGCCGCUCGCCGGCCAGGCCGUGUGGCCAGAGGAGUGGGCGCGGGCCGACCAGCGAGACGCGGAGCGCAGCCGCCGCCGGACCGACAUGUUGGGGCCCAGCGCCGCCGCCGCCGCCCGCUCCUCCGCCCGCGAACGGCGCUGAGGGGCCCGCCGCCCGCCCGCCGCCCCGCUUCCUGCUCGGCCCGCCCGCCGCUCCGCCCCCGCCCGCCGGGCCGGCCCCUCCGCCCCGCGCGAGGUCUAUGUGACCGCGGCCCGGCCGCCGCCGCCGCAGCGCGAACAUGGACGCCGUCAACGCCUUCAACCAGGAGCUCUUUUCACUUAUGGAUAUGAAACCUCCCAUCUCUCGAGCCAAGAUGAUUCUCAUCACAAAAGCUGCUAUUAAAGCCAUUAAGCUUUAUAAGCAUGUAGUUCAAAUAGUAGAAAAGUUCAUCAAAAAGUGUAAACCAGAAUACAAGGUUCCAGGGUUAUAUGUAAUCGACUCAAUUGUACGACAGUCUCGUCAUCAGUUUGGAACUGAUAAAGACGUGUUUGGGCCAAGAUUCUCUAAAAAUAUAACCGCCACAUUCCAAUACUUAUAUCUUUGUCCGUCUGAAGAUAAGAGUAAAAUAGUUCGUGUGCUGAACCUUUGGCAAAAAAAUGGAGUAUUCAAAAUUGAAAUUAUCCAGCCCCUUCUGGACAUGGCCGCAGGAAGCAGCAGCGCCGUGCCGGGGGCAGACAGUGUCGCUAACAAUGAAGGUUCACCGCCGCCGCCAGUCAAAGUUUCUUCUGAGCCCCCCCUGGUCACCUCCAACUCUGUGCCACCCGUGCAGCAGCUGCCCAGUUCGGACGCGUUUGCUGCUGUGGCCCAGCUGUUCCAGACGACCCAAGGGCAGCAGCUUCAGCAGAUCCUUCAGACUUUUCAGCAGCCUCCCAAGCCACAGUCUCCCGCCAUUGACAACGCUGUGAUGGCGCAGGUCCAGGCCAUCACCGCUCAGUUAAAGACCACGCCGGCGCCGCCGCCAGAGCAGAAGGCGACGGCGUUUGACAAGAAGCUACUUGAUCGAUUUGAUUAUGACGACGAGCCCGAAGCUGUGGAAGAAUCGAAGAAAGAAGAUGCCGCUGCCGCUGCCGCCGCCGCCAGUACCACCUCUGCUGCUGCCGCACCUGCCGCCCCGGCCCCGCCCGCUGCUGCCGUGCCCGCCGCGUCUCCCCCGCAGGCGCCCUUUGGGUAUCCUGGAGAUGGCAUGCAGCAACCAGCGUAUCCCCAGCAUCAAAAUAUGGAUCCGUUUCCGCCUCCGAUGAUGGCAAUGCCACAGGACCCAGUGCACCAUCAGGUACAGGUUCCACUUCCUCCUAACGGACAGAUGCCGGGGUUCAGCCUCCUGCCCCCGCCUGCGUUCCCCGCCCUGGCUCCGCCUGUGCUUCCUCCAGCUGCGCCCGUGCAGCAGCCGUUCCAGGCCCCUUUCCCGGCCCCCAGCGAGCCCCUCACCCAGAAAGCACAUCAGGAAAUGAAAGUAGAACAGCCUUGUAUUCAAGAGGUGAAGCGGCAUAUGUCUGAUAACAGAAAGUCGAGAUCUAGGUCAGCAUCCAGGUCACCGAAGAGGAGGCGCUCUCGGUCUGGUUCCAGAUCUCGCCGGUCUCGGCAUCGACGCUCUCGAUCUCGGUCCCGGGACAGACGCCGCCAUUCUCCUCGCUCUCGGUCCCAAGAAAGACGGGACCGAGAGAAAGAGAGGGAGCGCCGGCAGAAGGGCCUUCCUCCCGUCAGGUCCGAGACUGCGAGCGUUUGUAGCACUACACUCUGGGUGGGACAGCUGGACAAAAGGACGACUCAGCAGGACGUUGCCAGUCUCUUAGAAGAGUUUGGUCCAAUUGAAUCGAUUAAUAUGAUUCCUCCCAGAGGCUGUGCCUAUAUUGUUAUGGUUCAUCGGCAAGACGCUUACCGGGCCCUGCAGAAGCUGAGCCGCGGAAACUAUAAAGUGAACCAGAAGUCCAUAAAGAUUGCCUGGGCCUUAAACAAAGGCAUCAAGGCCGACUACAAGCAGUACUGGGACGUGGAGCUGGGUGUGACUUACGUUCCUUGGGACAAAGUCAAGCCUGAGGAGCUGGAGAGCUUUUGUGAAGGAGGCAUGUUGGACAGCGACACGCUUAACCCAGAGUGGAAAGGCAUUACCAAGAAGCAUGAGAACGAAGUUGCUCAGAACGGAGGGGCAGAAAGCUCCCAUGCAGAACCAGUGUCACCCGUACCCAAGCCUUUGCCUGUGCCUGUCCCUCCCAUUCCCGUGCCCGCACCCAUCACAGUACCUCCCCCACAGGUCCCCCCCCAUCAGCCGGGGCCUCCUGUGGUCGGUGCGCUCCAGCCGCCCGCUUUCACGCCGCCUCUGGGAAUUCCGCCGCCGGGCUUCGGUCCUGGCGUUCCUCCGCCGCCGCCUCCUCCACCCUUUUUACGCCCAGGAUUCAACCCGAUGCAUUUGCCACCAGGUUUCCUUCCUCCCGGACCCCCACCUCCUAUAACUCCGCCAGUGUCCAUCCCUCCUCCGCACACUCCGCCGAUAAGCAUCCCAAACUCCACUAUCGCUGGUAUAAGUGAAGACCCUACCAAAGACUUACCUAUUGGAAAUCCCAUUCCAACAGUGGUGUCGGGGGCUAGAGGAAACGCCGAGUCUGGUGACAGUGUGAAAAUGUAUGGCUCUGCCGCACCGCCCGCCGCGCCCACGAGUCUGCCCACCCCUCCGGUCACCCAGCCUGUGUCACUUCUGGGUUCGCAAGGAGUCGCGCCUGGGCCUGUGAUUGGGCUCCAGGCCCCGUCCACCGGUCUCCUCGGGGCCCGCCCCGGGCUGAUCCCCCUGCAGCGCCCACCGGGAAUGCCUCCGCCUCACUUACAGCGCUUCCCCCUGAUGCCGCCCCGGCCCAUGCCGCCUCACAUGAUGCACCGCGGCCCGCCGCCCGGACCAGGGGGCUUUGGGAUGCCCCCGCCCCAUGGAAUGAAAGGCCCCUUCCCACCGCACGGCCCCUUCGUGCGGCCUGGGGGCAUGCCGGGGCUCGGGGGCCCGGGGCCAGGCCCAGGGGGCCCUGAAGACAGAGACGGGAGGCAGCAGCAGCAGCAGCAGCCGCCGCCAACGCAGCCCCAGCAGCCGCCGCCAGCCCAGCAGCCGCCCCCCACGCAGCAGCCGCAGCAGCCGUUCAGGAAUGACAACCGGCAGCAGUUGAGUUCAGGGAGAGACCAGGAGAGGUUUGGAAGGAGGUCCUUCGGAAAUCGGGUGGACAGUGAGCGGGACCGCUACGGCAGCCGCGGCGACGAGAGGGAGAACAGCGGCCGGGAGAGGAGAGAGUGGGGACGGAGGAGCCCUGAGCGGGACAGACACAGAGACGCGGAGGACAGAGGCCGGCGGGCUGGCGGGCACCGCGACCGAGAGAGAGAUUCGAGGGAUAGAGAGUCCCGCAGAGAGAAGGAGGAGGCCCGGGCCAAGGAGAAGGCCGAGGGGGCCGACAGGGCCGCCGAGCCUCCCCCGACCCAGGCGGGGAGCACAGACCCAGCCCCGGACCUCGCCAAGGGGGCGCCUGAGCCGGCGCCUGCCCCGCCUGCUGAAGAGCGGCCCGCAGAGGCUACCUCACCCGCAGACCCCGAGAAGGACCCCUCGGCGGCCGAGGCCCGCUAACCGGCCGCCGUGCGGGACGGACGCCGGGCGCAGUGUACAUGUGCUGUAUCAUACUGGCUCUGCCGGCCGCCCCCGGGAGUGGUGGGCGCUGUAAGCAAUUGGAUUGCUUCCCUUCUAUUUAAAAAUAGCCACAAAAUAACAAAAAAUACUGAAGACAUGAAUAAAUAUUACCCUUUUUGCUGUAACUUUUUUAAAGUUUUGACUUUAAAAAGUUUACAAAUCGUAAUUAGAAGUGCUCUCUAUUUUUUUUUUUUUUUUAAUUUAAGGUUAACCGUGAAAGCUCCUCAGCAAUAGGGAUGUUUUUAAUAAACUCUAUUUUCGUAACAA